AUGUCUCUUGUCCACACCGUCCUCUUGCAGUUCAAGGAAGAUGCUGCUCCUGAGAAAGUCAAGGACGCCUGCGAUCGCUUCUUGGCUCUCAAAACGGCCUGCCUCCAGGCGGCCACGCAGCAGCCCUACAUUCUGUCCAUCAAGGGCGGCCGCGACAACUCGGCCGAGGGCCUGCAGGGCGGGAUCACGCACGGAUUCGUGGUGGAGUUUGCCACGGCCGCGGACCGCGACUACUACGUGAAGAACGACCCGGCGCACCUGGCGUAUGCGGCGUCGCUGCACGGGCUGGUGACCAAGGCGGUGGUGGUGGACUUUGCCGACGGAGUAUACUAG